CAAACAGCUGUUGUAAUAUUCCUUAGAACACACUUCCAAUGAUGAUGAUGUCUCCAUUCUACCUAUCCAUCAUCUUCUUCUUCUUCAUCUCUUUGAUUCUCAGAUCAAUCUUAACCGUCCAUUCACAUGAUCAACGUGAAUUUCACCGGAAAAUUUCCCUCCGGCCGACGUUACCGGAGGGUAAUACUCUUCACGUACGUCCAGGUUCAUCAUUCAAGAUAGCUGUUUUUGCAGACUUGCAUUUUGGUGAAGAUGCAUGGACUGAAUGGGGCCCACAACAAGAUGUUAACUCCAUUAAAGUGAUGUCUACUGUGCUUGAUCUACAACAUCCAGACUUGGUAGUUUAUCUUGGCGAUGUCAUUACAGCCAACAACAUAGCGAUACAUAAUGCAAGUUUAUACUGGGAUCAAGCAAUCUCUCCGACUAGAGACAGAGGAAUUCCAUGGGCUAGCGUGUUUGGAAACCAUGACGAUAUGCCAUUUGAGUGGUCAAUCGAUUGGUUUUCAUCCACCGGAAUUCCUCCUCUUCAUUGUCCAACGAGUGGUUCCUCUCCUAGUGAGUCUGAAGGAGGCAAAGAUUGCAGCUUCAAGGGCACAACGCGUUUGGGGCUGAUGAUGAAUGAACUAAAGAUGAAUAACUUAUCGUACUCAAAGCUCGGUCCUAAAGCUCUAUGGCCAAGCAUUUCCAACUACGUCCUUAAACUUUCAUCGACAGAUGAUCCUGAAUCAGUCAUAGCAUACAUGUAUUUCUUAGAUUCUGGUGGUGGUUCAUACCCGGAGGUUAUAUCAAAUGCACAAGCGAAAUGGUUCAACCGCACAUCUCAAGCGAUCAAUCCUAACUCAAGUGUACCGGAGAUAAUUUUCUGGCAUAUACCAAGCCAAGCUUAUAAGACGGUUGCUCCAAGGUUUGAUGCACACAGGAACUGUAUUGGCUCAAUGUUCGCGGAGGAAGUUGCUUCUCAAGAAGCUGAAAUGGGGAUGAUGAAGCUUCUUGAAGGAAGGUCUUCUGUGAAAGCUGUGUUUGUAGGUCAUAACCAUGGAUUAGACUGGUGUUGUCCAUACAAGAAGUUGUGGUUAUGUUAUGCUAGACACACAGGUUAUGGAGGGUAUGGAAACUGGUCAAGGGGAGCUAGGAUUCUGGAGAUAACAACACAACGAUUUUCUUUGAAGUCACGGAUUCACAUGGAAGAUGGUAGCGUGCAUAGUGAAGUCCUAUUGAGCUCUACGGCAAGCGAGGAGUGAUCAACGAAGUUCUUCCUAGAGAUCAACCCGAAAGCAAUGUACUGUAAAAAUUGAAAUCGAUUCGAUUAAUAGACAUUCGGCCUCUUAUAAUGAUCUACUAAAUUCAUCAACAGUUAUAUUUCUUCA